AUGGCUCCCCCACGACGCCGUCGCCAGACGGAAUAUGACGAGGAAGAUACGGAACAAGCAGAUGUUUCAAUUCAACCAAAUCGCCGGGGCUACGAUGGCGACUCUGCGGAGGAUGGAGACGAAGAUAACCACGACGAAAUGGACAUUGACCACAGACCCGGCGGCGGCCUCGAGGAACAGCUAGCGACGAAAGAGAAGCUCACGCUCGAAGAAAAGAGAAAAGCCAUAAGCGCCAACAGCCAGACAAAAGUUGCCGAGACAUGGAUCCUCGUCUCGACAUUACCUAAGCCCUUCCAAAAUCCUCUCAUCGUCACGCCCUCGAAAGCCCCUACUGCCGAAGUGGAAGCGACCUACGUCGGCUUCUACACAAUGGUCAUCGCGCUCAUCAUGCUCAACGGCGGCGAAAUCACUGAGCAAAAGCUCAAACGAUACCUCAAUAGGCUCAACGCUGAUAGCAAGCUCGGAGCAGAAAAGACGGACGACGUCCUAACCAAGAUGGAAAAGUCGGGAUACGUCGCGAAGAGAGUCGAGAAUAUAUCGGCCGAUCAGGAUAAAAACAUAAGUUGGCUCGUUGGUCCUAGGGGCAAGCAGGAGGUUGGUCCCGAAGGAGUCGCGGGCAUGAUUAGGGAGGUGUUUGGAGGCGCGACGCCGAGGUUAGAGAAGCAGCUGUCGGCAAGCCUUGGUACGAAACCGCGUGAGGAGCCGCGGGAGGCGCAGCAGGAUGGAGAAGACGAGGAGGAUAAUGGAGAGGGGAACUCGCGGAUGGCGGAAGAGGCACCGAGGCGGAGCGGUAGGCGAGGAACGCGAAACCGCUAUGCUGAGGAUGAUUGA